AUGUCCGUUGCCCCGCGCCAGCUCUAUUACGACGGUCAGGUCCAGUCGGCCUCCUCCGGCAAGACUUUCCACACCGUCAAUCCCUCUGAUGCCUCUCCGCUAGCCGAAAUUCACGUCGCCUCGCACUCCGACGUAGAUGCUGCCAUUGCCGCCGCGGACCGCGCUUUCCCUUCCUGGUCUCAGACUCCUCCCAUUGCGCGCACGCGCAUCCUCCAAAAGGCCGCCGCCCUGCUGCGCGAGCGUAACGACGAUAUCGCUCGCGUGGAAUCUUUGGAUUCCGGGAAGGCCUACACCGAGACGAGUACGGUCGACGUCGUUACGGGUGCCGACGUGUUGGAAUACUAUGCGAACCUAGUGGGUGGCGGCGGCUUGAACGGGGAAACCACGCAGUUGAGAGAUGACGCUUGGGUGUACACCAAAAAGGCUCCGUUGGGGGUCUGUGCCGGCAUCGGCGCCUGGAACUACCCCAUUCAAAUUGCGUUGUGGAAAUCGGCUCCUUGUCUGGCCGCGGGUAACACCAUGGUGUACAAGCCUAGUGAAUUCACCCCGCUGCAUGCGCAGACCCUCGCCGAGAUUUACCGGGAAGCUGGACUUCCCGCCGGCGUUUUCAAUGUUGUCUACGGUGCGGGUGACGUUGGCGCCUAUUUGACAUCCCACCCGACCAUCGCCAAGGUCUCCUUCACUGGCCAAGUGUCGACGGGCAUGAAGGUUGCUGGCUCGGCCGCAGGCAACAUGAAGUACGUGACCAUGGAGCUAGGCGGCAAGAGUCCGUUGAUUAUCUGCCCGGAUGCCGAGCUGGAAAAGGCCGUCGAUGGGGCUAUGAUGGCCAACUUCUACAGCACAGGCCAGGUUUGUACGAAUGGAACCCGUGUCUUCGUGCCAGCGGCCAUGAAAUCAGCAUUUGAGAAGCUGCUUCUGGAGAAGAUGCAGUACAUCCGCGCCGGUCCUCUCUUUGACGAGGCCACGAACUUUGGUCCUCUGAGCUCCGCCGCCCAUCUCGAGAAGGUCACCUCCUACAUCCGCCACGGUAUCGAGACUGACAAGGCCACCCUUCUGUACGGCGGACUGGGCAAGCCGCAAGUGCCCAAGGAGCUGGAGGCUGGGUUUUGGGUUCGGCCCACGAUCUUCACUGACUGCAGGGAUGACAUGAAGAUCGUAAAGGAGGAGAUUUUCGGUCCGGUGAUGUCCAUCCUGUACUACGAAACCGUCGAGGAAGCGGUCAAGCGGGCCAAUGCCACUGAGCUCGGCCUGGCGGCCGGUGUAUUUACCAAGGAUCUCAACACCGCUCAUCGUAUCAUCGACCAGCUCCAGGCAGGUAUCACCUGGGUGAACACUUGGGGAGAGAGCCCGGCUGAGAUGGCCGUCGGCGGCUGGAAGAACAGCGGCGUUGGCGUCGAGAAUGGUCGCAAGGGUAUCGAGGCGUGGGUGAAGAACAAGAGCACUCUCGUUGAAAUGAGCGGCGAGGUUGCCACGGUGUUUGCCAAACUAUAA